CGCUGGCCGGAGUUUUCACUCUCAGCCCCGCGGAGCAGGCUGGAGGGCGCAGCCCGCUUCGCUCCUCCCGGAGGAUGCGGGGCGCCCAGGAUGCUGCCGCUGCUGCCGCGCCUGGCCCUGCUGCUGGCCGCGCUGCUCUGCCUCGGCUGCGGGGCGCAAGGGACAGCGCUGCCCAGCCCUCCAUCCGUGUGGUUCGAAGCAGAGUUUUUCCGCCACAUCCUCCACUGGACGCCCAUCCAGAAUCUGUCGGAAAGCACCCGCUAUGAAGUGGAGCUGCGGAGGUACGGGUCGGAUUCCUGGAGGUCGGUGCCCAGCUGCAGCCAGACCCCGGUGCCAGCCUGCGACCUCACCAUGGCCACCCUGGACCUGUACCACAGCAACGGCUACACAGCCAAAGUCCGGGCCGUGGAUGGAGGCCAGCGCUCCAACUGGACUGUCACCAAGACCCGCUUCUCCGUGGACGAAGUGAGCCUGACGGUGGGCGGCUUGGAGCUGGAGGUACUCGAUGGCUGGGUCCUUGGAAAGAUCCAGCCGCCCAGGCCCAAGGUGGCCCCUGCAGGCGACACCUACGAGAGCAUCUUCCCCCACUUCCGCGAGUACGAGGUCGCCGUUCGCAAGGUGCCCGGACGCUAUGAGCCCACAAACAAGAAGGUGAAACACGAGAACUUCAGCUUCCCGACCAACGGCGAGUUUGGGGAGUUCUGUGUCCGGGUGAAGCCGGCUGUGGGCUCGCGCCUGAACAAGGGGAUCUGGUCGGAGGAGGUGUGCCUCCUGCUCACCUGGCAGUAUUUCACCGUGACCAACCUCAUCGUCUCCUUCACCCUCGUCCUGCUGCUCUGCGGGGCCGUGGCCCUCCGCCUGUACCUGCGGCACCCGCGGAAGCUGCCCGCCGUCCUGGUCUUCGGGACGCCCAGUCCCUUCAGCCCCAUCAGCCGGCUCCCCCGCCCAGAGACGCGAGACACCAUCCAUGCCGUCGAUGAGCAGGCCCUCGCCAAGGUGUCCCCGGAGCUGAGGAACUCCGAGCUGCACGGCAGCACCGACAGCGGCUUCGGCAGUGCCAAGCCGUCCUUGCAGACCGAGGAGCCCCAGUUCCUCCUCCCGGACCCCCUCCCCCAGGCCGGGAGCACCCUGGGAAAGGGGGCCUCCCUGGAGUCCGAGAGCAGCUGCAGCAGUGCCAGCACCGACAGCGGCAUCUGCCUGCAGGAGCCCAGCCUGAGUCGCGGCGCGGAGCCCUGGGUGCAGCAGGCGGGGGGCCAGGGCCAGGACGACAGCGGCAUUGGCCUCGCCCACCACUCUGAGGGGCAGCCUGCGGAUGGACGGGCUGACUCAGCCUUGGGCCAUGUCGGUCCCCUGGGGCCUGAGGCGACGGAGAGAGAAGACCCGGCUGUGGUGGAAUUUCAGGGCUACCUGAAACAGACCAGAGGCAGGGAGGAGCAGGCAGCCACGGCGGGCUGCCUGGAAGAAGAGGCCUCCUCAGCCGAUGGCCUUGUCCCCCACCUCAGGAUGUGCCUGGAUGCCAAGGAAGCCUGGUCCCCACCAGCCUUGGACAAGGGCUACUUGAAACAGGACCCCCCAGAAGUGGCUCUCGCUCCCUCAGGGGCCCUGGCUGGACAAUGGAACCCCGCAACUGAGGAAUGGUCACUCCUGGGCUUGACUAGCUGUGGGGACCCGGGGACAUCUGAGUGGAGCUUUGCCCAGGACCUCGCCCCUCUGGGCUGCGUGGGGGCCCCGGGCGGCCUCCUGGGCAGCUUCGACGCAGACCUGGUCACCCUGCCCCUGAUUUCCAGUCUGCAGGCCAGUGAGUGACUCAGAAGAAGGGCUGCCUUUGACUUCAGCCGUGCCCUGGGGGUCUGAGGAGGGGCCCAGGUCAGAGAGGGCAUGAUGCCAGCCUGGGCGCUGCUCUCCGCUGUGCAGGGCCCUGCAGGUCCUGGCGGGGCCUCCUCCCUCCCGGGACUCUGCCUGUGACAAGGGUUGUUUGCUCAGGGAAUCGGGGUUUCCUGGAGUUGGGGUGAGGCCGCCGGGCUGAAGUCAGCUCCCAGCCAGGCCUCCCCUGAAGCCAGGCUUGUGUCAAGGCCUCACAGCAGGCUCAUGUCUAGGGGCAAAGGAGAGAGCAGUGACCACGUGUGCCUCUGAGUGCUCAGCUGGCCACCACCCGGCCUGGGAAGGUCCCAGGGAGGAUCUCCCGCAUCGCAGGCCUCCCAGGUCAGCUCUCAGACGGAGCCGGUGGGGGAGGAAAGGAACCGAGCCCCGAAAGGGCCUGUGGCUCAGAACCCGCCCUCCGGGUGUCCUGUCCGUGUGCAGACACCUCCCUCUCCCCAGCAAGGAGAGCAGCCGCUCUGGGGUCCCUACCGAGGCCACCCCCCCCCCCCGGGCCACACCCCUGACAGCAGCAGUGAAACCUCGGCAAUUUGCAUUGGUCACAUCUCGGCCUGCAGGCAGCCCCUGGGUGUGGGCACCAGCUGGUCUGCCCCGAGGCUGAGGUUGGCACCUGCCCGUGUUUGCCGCUGACGCCCAGCUGUGGACUCAGAGGACGGGGCGCGGGCUGUGCGCCCUGCUCUCCAUGCUCAGCUGCACAACCUGGCCUCCCCUCGGGCCUGCUCCCAUCUGUGAAAUGAAGGGCUCUCCGUUGGAAGCUGGCCCCUGCGGCGACAUUGCCGGCCGGGCCGGGCCGGGUGGGAGGAAGGUACCGCGGGCCCUCGUCUGCACAGAGCCAGCUUUCUGCUCGCACGGAGAGGCCCCGAGCGGACGUCCAGGCUUCAGGCCCGAGAACUGCAGGCACCGGGCCCGGCUCCCGUGAGUCUGGAACAUGAAUUCACAGCCGCUUACAGUCCGUGGGCAAAGAGCUGGGCGGGCGGCGGGCGGGGCUGCCCCUGUCAUCCGCGGCCUGCACUCCAGGGGCAGCUGGGAAUAGACGUUCCGGCGCAGGGAGUCCAGCCAGAACGCUCCACUCGGCCAGGCGGCGCCAGGGCCGGCCUGGGACCAGCUCCCUCUGCAGACAGGCCUGAGGGCGGGCUCCUCGGGCUCCGGGCCAGGUUUACUUAUUCCGUUGUCUUAUUUAUUGAAGAACCGCAUUGCGCAGUAAAGAAUUGUGGGAACUCCAAGAGCCUCGAAGUUCUCAUUCAGCUCCCCUGCUUCUCGCUGUGGCCUUGGGUAGUCCCGUCCUCCUCCGUUUCAUCUGUGAAACUAGAACACAGUCCUGGCUCGUCUCGGUCCUGGGCGUGCGGUUCUGUGGGGAAGUAGGUGUCAUGUGCCUGGAACACAGCUGUGGGAAUGAGUGAUGUCGUUUUAUUCCAGUAGAUUGUCAGGACCACAAGAACCAUGGGAAACCA